UUGAAAUAUGAUAAGUGUGUUUGUAAUCGUUUAGUAUCAUGGAAAGUAACAUACAGAUUUUAUUGAUGAUAUUGGUGUUUGUAGUGAAUACAGAUUACACUUUUUCAGCCAAAUGUUAUGAGUGUGGAUUGUGCCCAUUUCCAUUCAAUCGUUCUUCUCCUGAAGUUAGCAUCAGAGAUCACUGUAAAUGGUGUGUGUCACUUUCAAUUGGCAGUCCACAUUUAACAUCUAAAGGAUGUGCAGAUCGGUGUGAAUCAAUAGAAUUUUUAAAGAAAUUUGUUAAUUAUAAUUAUACUUGUUGUAAUAGGAGCUAUUGUAAUGUCAGUUCAAAAACCUGCACAACUAAUAAAAUAUUGUUUUUACUUCUACUGAUAAUUUAUUUUUAUUUUAACGCUGAGAAAUAAAAAUACAGUUGAUAAUAUAUCUGUUGACUUUUCGUCCUAUUCAGAUGAUGUUUCAUUCAUCAGUCGUAGUGAUAUUAAUAACUCUAAACAGUAAGAUAUUUUCACAUUUCUUGUUUUGUAUAUGUGGAUGUUUCGGUGGUUGAGAUAAUGAGUCAAUUGAAGCUAGACCGCCAUGGAAAACCUGGAUGCACUGUUGUCGCUCAACUUCAUGGAUUGGUUGAAGUU